CGCGUUGCUUUCCUCAUUAGUCAAACCGCAUACUCCUCCAUUUCACACCUCUUCCCCCUCUUAACUUCUUCCAUUAUAAUCCUCACUCGCUCUCUCCCUCUGAACCUCCGCCAUUCAAUUUCUGCACUCCAACACUGUUCCCUCCAUAAAGUUUAUAUUUUUCGGCUAAAAAUAGAAACAAAGAACAAGAAAAAAACAUGAUUUUCAAAAUGGGACCGGGGCGUUUGUUUCUGAUGUCUUCAAUUCACUGUGUUUAGUGCUCUUAGAUCCGUUUGCAAGUGUGCCCCGAUCCACAACUUCAUUCAUGUGGAGUGCCCACAAGGUUAGAUCGUUAACAUUCUUGUGCAAAAACCUGACUUUGCUGCUUUAAGUAUUCACUCGAUGGUGUUCUUUCGUUUGAUUCAUACCCACUUCGCAAGAUAGUGUUUUGGCUUCUUUUUAUGCUAGCUUUUUCCCAAACAUCACAUGGGUUGCAUCGCUCUCAGCUUAGGAAUUUGAUGGUUAUGAUGAUGUUGAUGAUUACAAUGAUGGUGCAUGGUCACCUGUGUAAUCACAGCAAUAAAGGGUUUAUGCUGUUUUUGAGAAGUGGCUUUCUUGUUUGUGUAUCUGUUUGCUAAUGUUGCUAAGGUACAGAAACAUUGUAUUGGCCUCUCUGUGUAUCAGGGGUGUUUGCAUUUGCAAUAAUGGGUAAUGGAACUUCUCGCGUUUUUAGCUGUUUGGUGCCAUAUAACGGCAAGAAUGGGGUUGAUUUGGAGUUUUUGGAGCCAUUAGAUGAAGGUUUAGGCCACUCCUUUUGUUAUGUGAGGCCAUCCAUUUUUGAAUCUCCUGCUAUUACCCCAUCAAAUUCUGAGAGGUUUACACUAGAUUCUAGCACCCUUGAUUCGGAGACAUUGAGUGGGUCAUUUAGGAAUGAUGGCAUUGAAGAUUCUUCUGCCACACACAAGCCAGGGAAGAACUUACCUGAGACCACAUUCAAAACAAUCUCAGGGGCUUCGGUCAGUGCCAAUGUUUCAACUGCCAGGACCGGUAACCAGAAUGCACUACUUGCUAGUAAUUUUCUAGAACCUGCUGCGUCGUUUGAGGGAACUGCCUCAUUUGCUGCAAUCCCUUUGCAGCCUGUUCCCCGUGGCUCUGGACCUUUGAAUGGCUUCAUGUCUGGACCUUUGGAGAGGGGUUUUGCCUCUGGUCCUUUGGAUAAGGGUGGUGGCUUCAUGUCUGGGCCAAUGGAGAAGGGGGUUAUGUCUGGUCCUCUUGAUGCCACUGACAAAUCCAACUUCUCCGCACCACUUGCUCGUGGUCGCCGAAGGCCACACCUCCACCGCCUGAUGAGAAGUGUAAGUGGACCUAUGAGAAACUCUCUUUCUCGGACUUUCUCUAAGCAUUCGAUGGGUGGUAGUUGGAUGCAACGGUUAUUCCUUCACCCCGUGACUCAACUAGCUUGGAAUUCCAAAGAGGCAAAGUUUCGGCCUGAAGUCUCAAGAGAUUGUGUUGAAUUUGAGUAUAAACAAACCCACAAUUUGCAGUGGGCUCAUGGCAAGGCUGGUGAAGAUAGGGUGCAUGUUGUACUUUCUGAAGAACAAGGGUGGCUGUUUAUUGGGAUAUAUGACGGUUUUAGUGGACCAGAUGCACCUGAUUUUCUGAUGAGCAAUCUUUAUAGAUUUAUAGACAAGGAAUUAGAGGGAUUGCUCUGGCAUUAUGAAUAUAAUACUGUCAAUCCACUUGAACCCGAAGUCCAUAAAAGAGUGAAUGCAAUGGUUCCUCCAGAAUGCAAAAGAGAGGAAAUAUCGGAAAGUUCUUGCUGUUUGGAAGAUUCUUGUCCAGCUAAGGUCAAGGAUCAAUCAUCUAACAGUGAGAUAGUGGAGGAAAACACUGACGUUAAGGUGAAGGUGGAACAGCUUAAUUGUGGAAGUCCUAGUAUCUCCCGAUUGGAUGGUCAAGGUAGAAAAAGCAUGAAACUUUAUGAGUUACUUCAGAUGGAAUCUUGGGACGAACAGGGUUUUCUGUCAGUCUCAGAGCAAGGUAAGGAUUCUUCCAUUGCUAGGGAAAUAAGACAAGAAGAUAGACCUAGACAUCAGGAUGAAGGCCCUACUACAUCGGGAGAAAAUGGAGGCACUGGGUUUAGUUCAAACAACCAAGUUCCUGUUGCUUCUUUUUCUGUUAAAGGACAAAGGCAGGAUCCGAGAAAAUCGUAUAUCAGUAUGAAAAUCAGAAACAUGUACAGGAAGCAGAAGUCCUUGCGCAAAAACCUCUUUCCAUGGAAUUAUGAUUGGCAUAGGGAAGAAGCCUGUGUUGACAAGAAAAUAGUAGAAACCUUGGGGCCUAUUAGAAAAUGCAAGUCUGGCGUAGAUCAUAGUGCAGUUUUAAGAGCAAUGGCACAAGCUCUUGAAAGAACAGAAGAAGCAUACAUGGACAUGGUUGAGAAUAAUCUAGAUAAAAAUCCAGAGCUUGCCUUAAUGGGAUCUUGUGUUUUAGUGAUGUUAAUGAAGGAUCAGGAUGUUUAUGUAAUGAAUGUUGGAGACAGCCGUGUAAUUUUGGCGCAAGAAAGACCAAAUGAUCGUCAUCCCAAUCCAAGCUUCAUCAAGGAUGACGUGAGGCAUAGAAAUCGAUCUAGAGAGUCAUUAGUUGGCAUGGAGCUGGAUAGAAUUUCAGAGGAGUCUCCAAUGCACAACAUAAACAGUCGUCUUAACAUGAUGAACAAAAAUAGAGAGAUAUCCCUUUGUGGACUGAAAAUGAAGGCUGUUCAGCUUUCAACAGAUCACAGCACAAGUAUUGAAGAGGAAGUGUUUAGAAUAAGAGCAGAACACCCAGAUGAUAAUCAAGCCAUAUUCAAUGAUAGAGUGAAAGGACAAUUAAAAGUCACCAGAGCAUUUGGUGCUGGAUUCCUGAAGAGGCCAUCUUUCAAUGAACCUCUACUGGAGAUGUUUCGAGUUGAUUAUGUGGGCAAUGCUCCUUACCUAAGUUGCACAUCUUCCGUUGUUCAUCAUCGGCUUUGCUCAAGUGAUCGGUUCUUGGUACUAUCCUCCGAUGGGCUUUACCAAUAUUUCAGCAAUGAAGAGGUAGUUGCCCAUGUUACGUGGUUCAUGGAAAAUGUCCCCGGUGGCGAUCCUGCUCAAUAUCUUAUCGCGGAGCUUCUUCUCCGUGCUGCCAAGAAGAAUGGAAUGGAUUUUCAUGAAUUGCUUGAUAUUCCUCAUGGAGAUAGGCGUAAAUAUCAUGAUGAUGUAUCUGUUAUGGUGGUUUCUUUGGAGGGAAGGAUAUGGAGAUCAUCGGGAUAAUUUUUUUCUCUUCUCUUUUUUGCUCCAAUCAUUUUGAAUAAUUAUUAUCUAUUUAAUUCUUGGCUAGCUGCCUUCAAAUUUGCUUGGUGCCUGUGAUAAUGAAUGUAGCAAUUUUGGGUUACAAGUAAAAUGACUUGACAAAUCAAAUCUAGGUUAUGAAAAAGUGUUUUAACGGAGAAUAGAAAAGGAAAAAAAAUGGUCGGUGAUACUAUAUUUUAGAAAAUUUUCUUAUUGAAAAUGUCAAUUAAAUUUCCGAGCCGUAAAAUAUGGUUAUGUCUGCAGUUGACUUGGGAUUGAAUAGAUUGGACAAAAAUGGUUGUUACUAGGUUCUUUCUAAACCAAAUCAAUAAUAUGGAAGUUCCACUCGGGAUGGAGUUCAUUAAAUUACACUUUCCUCAUUG